AUGGAGAGAGAAGAGGAGAUAGCUAUAGUUGGUAUUGGCUGCCGAUUCCCUGGAGCCAAUAACAUCAAAGAAUUCUGGAAAAUUUUGGUAAACGGAGAGAAUCAUGUGAAUGAGAUACCAGGGGAGAGAUGGAACCUAGACGCUAUCUAUGAUCCAGAUCCUGAUGCCUACGGGAAAACCUACGUCCGACGGGCAGGAGUGCUAUCGAAGUAUAAUGUUUGGGACAAUGACUUUUUCGGAAUUUCCGAGAAAGAAGCUUCAGAAAUGGACCCCCAGCAGAGAUACGUGCUGGAAUGUGUGCAUAUGGCUUUGGAAGACGGUGGGAUCACACGAGCGGAGAUUGAUGGUUCACCAACGAGUGUGUAUAUUGGCGCGAUGAACUGUGACUCAAAGACAUCCAAGGAUGGAGACUAUUCACUGUUGACAAACUACACCGUGACUGGUGAUGCCGCCAGUAUCAUCACGGCUCGCGUGUCAUACAACUACAACCUUCUUGGUCCUUCACUUACUAUUGAUACUGCCUGUUCCUCGUCACUCGUAGCUAUACACUUGGCAACACAGUCACUGAAACAAGGAGAGUCUUCCAUGGCGAUAUGUGGCGGGGUCAACAGUAUUCUGUAUCCAGAUAUGUUCGUCACUCUGACGAAGGCCCGGAUGGCGUCACCUACUGGCCAGUGUCAAGCUUUCUCCGCUAACGCCGAUGGAUACGCUCGUGGAGAGGGAUGCGGUAUCGUCAUACUAGAAAGGCUAAAUAAUGCUCUAAAGAAUGGCAGACAUAUUUGGGCGACUAUCCGCACGGGCUGUAACCAAGAUGGACAGACUGUGAGGCCAAUUACUGCACCAUCAGGGAUCCAACAGAAUCGACUUCUUCAUGACAUAUAUCUUCACUCCAACAACAUCAACCCGAGCCAUGUCCAGUACAUAGAGGCCCAUGGUACCGGUACACCAAUCGGCGACCCGGUCGAGGUCAACAGUCUUGGGAGCUUCUUUAAAGAUUAUCCGAUACAGCCCAAUUAUGUGACCAAACAGCGGUUUAUCGGAUCUGUUAAAACAAACAUAGGACAUCUGGAAUCUGGUGCAGGAGCUGCAAGUCUCAUUAAGACUCUUUUGAUGAUGAACCAUGCAACAAUUGUACCAUCUCUUCAUUCGCUUCCACGGAACCCGAAAAUAGACUUUGAGAAUUACGAACUGCAAAUACCUACAUCGGUUAACCCAUGGCCUGUACUAGAAGAUGGUUCAAGAGCUGCCUGCAUAAAUUGUUUCGGAUUUGGUGGAACGAACAGUCAUGCCUUUGUACGACAAUGGGUUGGAAGGUCGAACGAUACUAAUACAACAAUGAACAAGAACCUCAAAUCCACGUGCAUUCCACUUUCGGCAAAAUCUCAAACGUGUCUGAUUAAAGUACUUAGCCAUUUGGUUAAACGACUGACAGAAGAACCAUGCGAUCUGAAGCAACUGUCAUACACUGCUUCGUGCAAACGAGAUCACUUUCGAUACCGGAAAUUGUUCGUUGCAUUCACUAUUGCAGAUCUUAUCGAAAGUUGCACAGGGGCAAUUGAAAGAAUGAAAGAUGAAAAUAUUAAACCCGGCAGGAAUAUCAGGAUAGUAUACGUGUUUUGUGGCGUCGGGACCACAUGGACGAAAAUGGGCAUGGAACUUGUUCGACAUUUCCCUGUAUUUGCUGACACCUUGAAGCGCAUUGAUAACUAUCUGACGUCAAUGACUGGAUGGUCAGUAGAGGACAUAAUACGUGAUGGAGCAAAAAUGGAUGACCCCUUCAUUAGUCAUAUUGGUAUAUUUGCAUGUCAAGUUGGACUGUCAGACCUCUGGAAACAUUGGGGAAUCUCUCCUGACGCGAUUGUAGGUCAAUCCGUUGGUGAAGUAGCCGCUGCCUAUAGUAGUGGGGUACUAUCUCUGAAAGAUGCUGUCAAAGUAAUUUACCACAGGUCCAGGUUGCUGGCAGAGGAAUCGGGAGGCAAAAUGAUAGUGGUAACGAAUGUUAAUACCACAUAUGUAUCCAAGAUAUGUAAAAAGGUUGGCCAUGUUGAUAUAGCAGUACAUAUCAGUCCAAAUGCAUGUACAAUAAGUGGUGAUGCCAAAGAAGUAAAUGAAGUGAAAAACCUCAUAGCAAUGCAUACUAAAAACACGAGUGAAAUUCCUUUGUUUCAUGACUUGAAUGUCCAGUGUGCUUAUCAUAGUUUCAAGAUGGAAAACGCAGCAAAACGCAUUACAGAAUGUCUUAAUGGAAUUAAAGCUAAUCCCCCAGAUAUUCCAGUAUUUUCCACCGUGACAGGAAUGAUAGCAGAAGAUUUCGGUACACCCGAGUAUUGGGAAAAAAAUGUCGAAAGGCCAGUAUUAUUUCACCAGGCAAUUAAAGAAUCGACGGGUAAAGAGUCAACUAUAUUCCUGGAACUCGGUCCUCGGCCAGUUUUGAAGGCUCAUUUGAGUGACAUAUUCACAAAGGAAGUUGUCACUUCAAUUCCAUGUAUGAAAUUUGGUACAGGUUCAAUUCAAGUGUUGACUGCGCUUGGUGAUUUGUACACAUUAGGCGUUAAUCCAUGCUGGGGAAAUAUCGUAGAGAAAACAAACCUGACAGACUUGCCUCAAUAUCAGUUUGACGGUAAGGUCUUAAUGGUAGAGUCCGACUACCGCUUCCUCCGAAAACAGGGAUUGAUGAAUGAUUGCUCGGGUAGGUACCUUAUGUUGACACAAACAGAUACGAAAGGGAAAUUUAAGGUUAAUUUAAGUCCAAGCGAAACACCUUUCGUGUAUGACCAUGUUAUCGAUGACGUCGUCGUCAUUCCAGGUGCUGUUUACGCUGAGGUGGCAUUUGAACUGGGUAUGAGUGUCAUGAAUGUAGCAGCUGAAUGUUUGCAUGUUGAGUACGAUAUCAUCAAAGUGGUCCCCUUGUCGAAAGAUAAACCGUUUUAUCUGGAUAUCGCAUCCAACAUAGAAGAAACGAAUGAUUGCUUGAUGAAAAUUGUUUUUUCAAUCACCAAGGAUACAAUAACGGUUGUCGAAGGAUCUGUGACAAACAUACUUCCCACACAUUUGCCAACUGUUCAAAAUGAGGAUAUAUUCAUAAGUACUGGGAACAAUUUGGAGCGUGAACAGUUAUAUAAAGCGUUGGCAAUGCAUGGAUACAAAUAUGGAACUAGAAGUCAGGUCUUGGAAAGAAUUAUAUUCAACAAAAACGAAUGCACUGCCUAUAUAAAUCUCACUGAAGGAGUGGCACGACAAAUUAAUCGAACAGCUUUCCAUCCUGCUAUUCUAGAUGCAAUGCUUCACUCGAGCGCUCUAAUAUUCCUUUCUCAACAAAAUGAAACAUCUAACAAAAUCUACCCGGUCCGCCUUGGUAGCGUUACCGUGUUUAGAUCGUUAGAGAAACGAAUGUUGUGUUAUACCCGGAUCAUAAAAGAGGUCAGUGAUAGGAGCAUAACCAACAUCAUUCUUACUACACACAAUGGUUUGGUGCUGGCUGAAGUGAAGGAAAUCGAACACAAUAUCAUGAAUGGUAGCACGGGUGUAAACACAUUUGCUUAUCAGAUUGCUUGGACUGAAGAGAAUGUGCCAGAUGUUAUCUGCGAUACCCAAGACGACCCAAAACAAAAUGUUAUCAUCUGCUACGACGACAGCGGCAUUCACACCUUACUUAGGAGUUUUUAUCCACGAGGAGAAUCCUUUCGACUGAGAGACGUGGCUGACGACCCUGAGUCCAUGAUAUCCGCAAUAGACACUGAAGGUGUGAAGAUGACCUUAAUUGUUCCAGACUCUUAUACUGCCUCACAAAGCGAAAGUAGCGAUCAUAUUUUUGAUAAUAUUUGCAAAUGCUGCGAGGCAUUCCUCAACAUUAUGAAGAAGCUAAAAUACACAGACAAAACUUUGAUAAUAGUUACAGAGAAUACACAAGAUGGUGGCUAUGAAAAAAAUAUCAAACAAAAUGUUUUUGGUUCUGAACUAUGGGGGUUUGCUAGAUCUUUACGACAAGAAGGUACCAGAUGUCGGAUUGUAUUGAUCGAUAUCCAGCCAUCUAUUCCCAUGGAAGUGGAGACAUUGAACAAAGCCAUUCUUUUUUUCAUGUCCUCCGAUCAAGCUAGUACGCUUACGGAAUGUCUAGUUGCUGAUGGCAAAAUACAUAGUAACUUCCUACAGCGAGGACUGCAUAAAGGUUUAGAAAAUGUACACAGAACAUUGUACCCUGAUACAAAUCUACGUCUUCAGGUUCGCAGUACCAAGCCAGACAGAGUAGAACGCCCGUUCCUCAUACCUGCAGACAACACAUGUGUUUCAAAGAAAAAUGACAUAAUUCUUCAAGUUGAUGCAAUUUGUAGUCACUCGUCAUCCAUAUUUUGCGUCACUGAGUUAGAUUCAAGUAUUGACAAUUCACUUUGGACAGAUUGGCAAGGUUACCCAGUUAUAGGAUUAGAAUUUCAAGGAACUAUUAUGGGCAAAAAGCAACACGUUGUGGCAUGUCACCCUACAAGAGCUACCAAUUUGAUAUCUAUACCAGAAUGUUGUGUUUGUGAACGAUCAAAAUUGCCAAUGUAUACACCGGGUCUCAUCAUCAAUGCAAUGUUAAUGUGGCAUAUCAUGCAGCAUGUUGAAGACAAAUCUGUAGUUUAUAUCGUCACAGACUCUGACCCGUCUGAUGAUGCACCACUUGCCCUUCUUCGUGAUAUGAUCUUGACGACAAAGCACUGCCAAGUCAAAAUAGCAUCGAUUCACUCUCUCAAUGAUGCCUGUGAAUGUGAGAAUGGCGUGUUUAUUUUAUUAGAAAAACUUUCCUUAUCACAAAUAACAUGUAUUUUACGAUUUGGAAAUACCAUUGUGGGUUAUUUCGAUGCCAUGGGAUGCGUGUCAACUCGACAAUAUCAGAUAUGCUCAAGAGGGAUUAAAGUAUGUAUCAUUAAGCAAAAUGACGUGUUUUCUGACAUCAACGUCAUUAGUACUUUUCCAAAAGUAAUACGUUGGCUACAACGACAAUCAAGAAACCAUGAUGUAACUUAUAAUAAUCGAAGACCACUAAUGACCAUCAAAUUCCCUCACGCUAAGGAUUCGGAAAAAGAUGAUAUAGAAAUAAAGGCAGUUGGAGACAUGCUCAUCCAUAACAAUGCAACUUAUGUUGUUGUUGGUGGACUGACAGGUCUGGGUUGGGAGAUUGUUAAAUGGCUUGGUUUCAAAGGUGCUGGGAUUGUGGUGUCGCUUUCUAGGAGAGAUUGUAAUCAACAGAUGAUUGAAAAACUUCAAAACGCGAUGGAUAUACAUAAGUAUCAAAUUACCCCUGUGAAGUGUGACAUUAAGAAUUAUGCAGAUGUUAAGAAUGCGUUUGCUAACAUAAAAUCGCAGUUUCCAAAUCAUCCAAUCAAGGGUAUAUUCCAGGGAGCAGGAGUUUUGAAAGAUACCCGAAUUGAAACUAUGACAAUGGACAAUUUCAAGUCAGUGUUGUGCCCAAAAGUCUUGGGAUCAUGGAACUUACAUCUUGUCUCCAAAGAGUUACCCUUGGAUUUCUUCGUAAUGCAUUCUUCAGUUACUUCGGUAUUUGGAAAUGCCGGCCAAACAAGUUACGGGGCUGCCAAUUCGUUCAUGGAUUCAUUAGCCUUAUACAGAAGGGCCAAUAAUCUGCCCGGUCAGAGCAUCAACUGGGGAGCAUUGGCGGUGGGUAUGGCAAGCAACGCAACGAUAAGGAAUAGCCUUGAAGCUAAUGGGUAUUUUUUGUUGGAAACGAAUCAGAUUAAGGAAUGUCUUUUAGAUGUUCUGACUCGAAAUCCAAGCCAAAUAGUGUAUGGCUUAUUUGACUGGAAUAUUUUAAGAAAAAAUCCCGCCAUGAUGCGGACCUCUGGAUUUGAUAGCGAGGAGAUGUCAAAUGCCAGACAGUCAUCCAUGCAACGGCAUGUCAACACAGAGCUCGACAUUGCCAAUUUCAAGGAAGCGUCUCAUGAGGAACAGAGACAGAUUAUCGUUGAUUUGUUUUUCUCUAGCCUCUCCAGAGUUUUAUCAGCAUAUGACAGAGCAGAAGUAAAGAAUCAAAAUCUUCUAAGUCUUGGCAUGGAGUCGCAAAAAGCCAUAGAAUUAAUCCAAGCCUUUAAGGACGCUACUGGUUGUAGACUUCCGUUGGCCUAUAUUCUGUCUCCUGAAUAUUCUGUAGAGAUGCUUAUUGACUUUGCUCAUUCUAGUAUCACCGCUAACAUCGACAGGGAGGUUCAUUCCCCAGUGAAAUGUGAAAAUGUACAUGAAUCACCGUCGUGGAUGGAAAAAUUCUAUUUAGACAUACACGAAAUAAAUCAGAAAGAUUCAAGUCUUUGGUUCAGCAUUGCUUUUAAACUAGGGAGCGGUCUAUCCGAUAUCGGAAUGUGGCGUACUGUCUUGCGACGGAUUACUAUCAAACACCGAGAAUUGAGAACAGCGUAUCAACCUAGCGGGCGAAGAUUCGGAUUCAGAAAAGUUACUGCGGAUCCAGAGGAUGCCAAGGUUGACUUUCGGUGUGUAGAUUCUAGCGUUAUAACGAGUGAGAAAGACGAAGAUAUUGCAAAAUAUUGCACUUUCGAUAUAGCAAAAGAUCCGCCGUUGCGAGUUCUGUAUUGUGACACUGGAAAAAAGCAUCGCCUGAGAUUCAUUAUUAGUCACAUCACUAUGGACCUGGGAAGCCUUUUCACGCUCGUUGAACAAUUGCAGCUGUACAUUCCAGCGUUUUUUCUUCAUAAACAUAUCGAUUUGACACCUGUAGAGACUCCAGAUUUUGCUGUGCUGAUGGAAGAACGAAUCGAGUCUGAGAGGGUACAUCUUGAUAAUUUCUGGAGAGGAGAGCUUGAAAAGAGUCGCAGUGUGCCAUCUGUAGUUGGGGAUAAAGUACCCAAACAUAUGUCAGGAAAGACAAAGAAAUUAUCUAAGCUUCUACCAAGAGAGCUGGUUGAUAAUAUCAGUCUCGACGUAUAUCACAUAACUGUACCUACUCUACUAUUUAGUUUGUAUCAGAUUCUUCUACAUGAGAUGACAUGCGUGUCUGCUGUUCCGGUUGUGCUGACAGUGGACAUGCGCCGACACUUUCCGGAGUUCAUUGGAAAGAUAUUUCUUGGUACCAACUACAUUCCAGUCAUAACACAGCUCCCCAGGGUAUGUGCAACAUUACGAGAAUGCAUUUCAUUGUGCUCCAACCAGAUGUUGCUCGCGAGUGCGAACAGCUUGUACCCAUUCCAACUUAUCAAACAAAUUGAUAUUGAUAAAGAGAACUAUUUCCGACAUUUUUUCAAUGUAAGAGACAUAUCAAAACAACUCGAAAAACGUGAAAUGUAUUCAAAUUACCAUAUGACAAAUAUAGGCUAUAUCACCGGUUUCCUAAACAAAGUGGAGACAGCUUUAAAUGUGGUGACUGGUCGCCAGGACAGAUCUAUGGAAUUAGUGUUGAGUUAUGACUCAGAAAUUGUCAGUUCCUCCAAAGCUGAAAGUAUGCUUAACGACCUUGUGCUACUGGCCAGUGCUGCUGUAGCAAAUCCAGAUCUCGGACUGAAAGACAUACCUUUGGAGUGUUAUCAAACCGAGGCUUCCGACAAAAUGGACCCUCACUUGCCUAUGGCAAUAUUUAUGAAAGAGACUUCAAACGGUUGGGAAUAUCCAGUGCAGCUGGAAUUGGACGUGCAAAAUGAUAUUACCAGGAUAAGAUUGAUCAAUCCUAAUGGCCGAGGAACGUCAAGACAUAAAGCAAUACCAAGUCAUUGUAUCAUUGCUGUAGACAUCGGAAAAAUCUCUGUGAUUCAUCUAUUCCCGAUAUUGGGCCCCACAUCUUUCACCCCAGAGGCCGAGAUCAUGUCCUUUGCCUCUAAAGUGAUUCAUCUAUUCUCGAUACUGGGCCCCACAUCUUUCGCCCCAGAGGCCGAGAUCAUGUCCUUUGCCUCUAAAGUGAUUCAUCUAUUCCCGAUAUUGGGCCCCACAUCUUUCGCCCCAGAGGCCGAGAUCGUGUCCUUUGCCUCUAAAGUGAUUCAUCUAUUCCCGAUAUUGGGCCCCACAUCUUUUGCCCCAGAAGCCGAGAUCGUGUACUUUGACAUUCCUACCAUUUUUUUUAAAAAUAAUCUUUUCAGAUUCCUGGAGUCUUAUCAUACAAACAUCGAAGAGACAUCACAAUUUCAAAACCAACGACUAUUUUAUGGUCCAAGUCUGGAGAGCAAAAAUCCGGAAAUUGAUAUCUCCCCGUCCACUGCCGUCAUCUUGAUGAGUUAG